AUGGCGGUGAGUCUCCGUAAUGGCAGGGAUCUGGAUGUAGAACAAGAGAGGGCUCGACAAAAUAUUCAGGAUGGGACACUCAUACCAGUGCCCGUUGAGCUGGAUGAGACAACUAAACUGACAGAGGUGACAGCCCAGCCUGCACAAGAAGAAAAGAGCAUUCAGCAGGAGACCGAGGAAGCAACUGACCCAGUUCAGGAGCCAGUAAUUGAGAUAGUAGCUGGUAAAGAUCAGUCCCAAGUGAUUGGGAAGAAGAGACCUCCUGUACCUUUCCCACAGAGGUUGGCCAAGCAUCAAAAGGAGGAGCAAUAUAAGAAGUUCUUUGAAAUGCUUAAACAAAUCCAGACCUGUAGUGCAGUGGUGACUAGGCCAAUUGCAGAAAAGCUGUCUGACCCAGGGAGCUUUACAAUUCCGUGCACUAUUGGAAAUUUCGCCUUUGCUAAGGCGCUCUGUGAUUUAGGGGCCAGCAUUAAUCUUAUGCCUCUGGCUAUUUAUAAGAGGCUGGGCAUUGGGAGAGCUAGACCCACCUCCAUGUUGUUGCAGUUGGCCGACAGGACUGUGAAGCCCAUUGCACCAUACAAGUAUUCUUUCUGA